UGACACUAAUGCCAGCGAUGAAUGUGUGUAAAACUAUGAACACAACUGUAGCUACCACUUGUGGCGCACAUGUGUAGCUACUAUCAUGACGAAGUGUAAUUUUCGACAGAACGUAAACGCAGCACCCCGCUCAGGCAGACAGAUGUCGUCAACUCUCCACCGUCGGAUUCGCGGGAGGAGGGAUCUAAAUCUGAACUCCUGGAUCUAAAUGACGCUGACUACCGAAGUGGAUAUUUCCUUUACCAAAGAUGUACAGAAAUCAAGGCAGCAGGUCCAACAGACGUAACUUUCUGUCACACUUUGGCGGUGCCUGCUCUCUCUCAGACGCACAGUAACGAGGAGCUAUUUGAGAGCGAAGUUUUUUUUCCCCUUUCUCUUCUCCUGGAGAAGAAGGAGUUCUCGGUCGGUCCGUUUGGAGUAAACUCCAUCCAUGCUCGGCUUGGCGAGGAGAGGAUCCACGGGGAUUUGUUCAUCCCGGGUCGACUAAGAGCAGCUAGGAGACGUGAAGUGAGAGUCAGACGGAGUAAAAAGUCCUACGGUGGAUUUGAGCCGAAGUUAUGAAAAUGACCGGCGCUAUGGAAACUUCCUUUAGGCAGGCUUUGAAGAAGCCGCCCUCGCUGCGGACGGCGGAGGACCUGCAUACCAUCUACUGCCACCUCUACCACAUGGAUGUUCUCUCACACCUUAGAGAACACCAGCUAAGGUCGAUGUGCACGUCUGCCAGGUAUGAAAAACAUGAGGCUAACCACGUCCUGUUCUACCCAGACACCAUUGCUACCUGUUGGUACAUCCUGCUCUCAGGAUCAGUCUUCGUCAAGGAGCACAUGUACCUGGCAAGGUGCUGUUUUGGUAAGCAGCUGGGAGGUAGACGAGGCUGUGAAUGCAUCACUUUGGAGCCAUCAGAAAUGAUCGUGGUGGAUAACGGCAGCGAGGGGGACGACAGCUUCUUGCAGAGGGAGGGUUCCCAACGGCGGUCCAGACGGCGCUUCAGAAGGGUCAACCCCAGGGGAGAGCGGGAACUGAUCACAGACGGCCAAGACCCCGCCAGCUACAACACGGAUUAUGUCAACAACCAGCUUCCUGCCGAUCUCAAUAAGAUGCACCUAACAGACCAUGCCCACCAGCAGGUGAUGCACAUGCCGCCCAGCCAGUCAGGAUGCAGCAUCGCCAGUGACUCGGGUAGCAGCAGCCUUUCAGAUAUUUACCAGGCCACAGAGAGUGAUUUGGGGGAUGUCGACCUAUCUGGACUUCCAGAGGCUGCAGUGGACAGUGAAGAGGAGGAGGAGGAAGAUGAGGACCUGGAGAGAGCUUCAGACACUCUCCUAGGCCGAGAUCUGGUCCGAGAGUGUCUAGAAAAAGAUCCUGUCGACCGCAAUGACGACGACAUCGAGCAACUGUUGGAGUUCAUGCACCAGCUGCCUGCCUUUGCCAACAUGACCAUGUCCGUGCGGAGGGACUUGUGUAGCGUCAUGAUGUUCGAAGUGGUGGAGCAGGCCGGUACAGUCAUACUGCACGACAAACAGGAGCUGGACCACUGGUAUGUCAUUCUGAACGGAGCAGUCGAAAUUAGCCAUCACGAUGGGAGAAUGGAGACUCUUUGUAUGGGCAACAGCUUCGGCAUCUCACCCACACUGGAUAAGCAGUACAUGAAUGGAGAGGUUCGCACCAAAGGGGAUGAUUGCCAGUUUGUCUGCAUCGCCCAGGAGGACUACUGGCGCAUCCUCAACCAUGUGGAGAGGAAUACGCACAAGGUGGAAGAAGAGGGGGAGAUUGUGAUGGUGAAGGAACACCGGGAGCUGGACCGCAGCGGGACCAGGAAAGGACACAUUGUCAUCAAGGGAACACCCGAGCGUCUGAUCAUGCACCUGGUGGAGGAACCGUCGGUGGUCGACCCCACCUACAUCGAAGACUUCCUCCUGACCUACAGGACAUUCCUUUCAAGUCCCAUGGAGGUUGGCAAGAAGCUGCUGGAGUGGUUCCAGAUGGACAGCCUUCGUGACACGGUAACGAGAAUAGUGCUGCUGUGGGUCAACAACCACUUCAACGACUUCGAGGGUGACCCGGCUAUGACGCGCUUCUUGGAGGACUUCGAGAAACAUCUAGAAGCCACAAAAAUGAAGGGCCAUUUGAGGCUGCUGAACAUAGCAUGUGCAGCCAAGGCUAAGUGGAGACAGAUCACUCUGCAGAAGGCAUCUAGGGAAUCACCGCUCCACUUCAGCGUGCAGGGCGGCAGUGAGAGAGGAUUUGGCAUCUUUGUCGAGUCGGUGGAAGAAGGAAGCAAAGCUGCAGAAGCAGGACUCAAAAGGGGGGAUCAGAUCAUGGAGAUCAAUGGUCAGAAUUUUGAGAACAUCUCCCUCUCCAAAGCUGCAGACAUCCUUAGAAAUAACACGCACCUAUCCCUCACAGUUAAAACCAACAUCUUUGUCUUCAAAGAGCUCCUUAGCAGGGUCGCGCACGAGAAGAAGAAUGGCGGCCUUCACAUUCCCAAGAUCCAAGAGAAAAAAGGCAAUCGUUUCUCCAUCGCCGACCUUCCCGGAGACAUGGAGUUCCCCACUGACCACAAGGCCACCCGGAAAAUGAAAGCCAACACUGUGUCUGGAGGACGAAACAAGAUCAGGAAGAUGCUGGAGAAGACGCGAUUCAGUAUACUGCCACCUAAACCGUUCAGUGAUGGCGGCUUAGUUCAGUCUCAAGAUGACAGCAUUGUGGGUACAAAGCAGUGCCGUCACAGCGUGGCCAUCAUGCCCAUUCCUGGCAACCUAUCGUCAAGUAGCCCAGACCUGCUGCAGCCAGCAACCAGUGUCCUGGACUUCUCCAUCCCUGCAGACAUCCCAGACCAGGUAAUUCGAGUGUUCAAGGCCGACCAGCAGAGCUGCUACAUAAUCAUCAGUAAGGACACUACUGCCAAGGAUGUCGUCGCGCACACUGUCAAUGAGUUUGGACUCGUCGCGGCACCCGAGACCUACUCCCUGUGCGAGGUAUCGAUUAGCCCAGAGGGAGUCAUAAAACAGCGCCGCCUGCCUGAUCAGCUCUCCAAACUGGCUGAUCGAAUUCAGCUUAACGGAAGGUAUUACCUGAAGAACAACAUGGAGACGGAGACGCUGUGUUCAGACGAGGACGCCCAGGAUCUCCUCAGAGAAAGUCAAAUCUCACUUCUGCAGCUGAGCACCAUGGAGGUUGCGGCCCAGCUCUCCAUGAGAGACUUUGAGCUCUUCAGGAACAUCGAGUCCACAGAGUACGUGGAUGACUUGUUUAAACUAGACUCCUCUGUGGGAAGUGGCAAUCUGAAACAGUUUGAGGAGGUGAUAAACCAGGAGACCUUCUGGGUGGCCACAGAGAUCUUGAAGGAGCCCAACACUCUGAAAAGGAUGAAAACCAUCAAACACUUCAUCAAGAUCGCCCUUCACUGCAGAGAGUGCAAGAACUUCAACUCCAUGUUCGCUAUUAUCAGCGGACUGAACCUGGCACCGGUGGCUCGACUGCGGAGUUCCUGGGAAAAAUUGCCCAGUAAGUACGAGAAGCUCUUUGGGGACCUGCAAGAUCUCUUCGACCCAUCCAGGAACAUGGCCAAGUACCGAAACGUGCUGAGCAGCCAGAGCAUGCAGCCGCCCAUCAUCCCGCUGUUCCCAGUGGUCAAGAAGGACCUCACCUUCUUACAUGAAGGCAAUGACUCAAGUGUUGAUGGCCUUGUGAACUUUGAGAAGCUGAGGAUGAUCGCGAAGGAGAUCAGACAUGUGGUGCGGAUGACCUCAGCCAAUAUGGACCCUGCCCUCAUGUUUAGGCAAAGGAAGAAGAGGUGGAAGAGUUUAGGGUCUUUGAGUCAGGGCAGCACUAAUUCCAAUAUGCUGGACGUGCAAGGCGGAGCGCACAAGAAGAGAGUACGCCGAAGCUCGCUCCUCAAUGCUAAGAAGCUGUACGAAGACGCUCAGAUGGCCAGAAAGGUGAAGCAGUACCUCUCCAACCUCACAGUGGAGACAGAUGAGGAGAAACACCAGAUCAUGUCCCUGCAGUGCGAGCCGUCUUACAACACUUUGUCUAAGAAUUUGAAUGAGAGGCGAUCCACUAAGUCGGAUAUGUCUCCAGUCUCGCUGCGGUCAACUCUGCCCUCCGGAAAAACACAAAACAGGGUGUCACAAGUCCUACAGGUCCAGGUCCCACUGAACCCUCUACGAAAGAAGAGCACUGCCAAGGACAUAGCCUCACUUAAUUCCAACUCACCUCAGGUGGUUAAGAAACCACCAGUGAACUCGUCAGAGGAGUGGAGCACAAAGAGAACAUGUGACGACACAGUUUCCACCAUCUCCUCUCUUCACUCGAGCCCCACGGUGUCGCCUCAGGGCUCCCCGCGCAAAGUGGGAGGUGUGGCAAAGUCCCAGAACUCCAGCCAGAUGAACUUGUCAGGAUCUUCAUCGUCGCUGACCAGCGAAGCUAGCUCAAAGGCCACCGUCAGUCUGCGCAGCUACGGCAUAGGUUAUGCCCUCCUACCGCCCGGUAAAGCUGACAACCUGUCGGACUCGAGUCACAGCGAGAUCUCCUCCCGCUCCAGUAUCUGUUCGGUCGACUCUGUGCCCGCUCCUGGGCCUGAUGACCGAUGUAAUAGCAGCAGCAACAGGACCUGUACGACUACUACUGCCACUAUUCCUACUACGACGUCUCCUGCAAUAGCUACUGCGGUUCCUGAGAGCGCAGCAGGAAUGCUUUCCCACGUAAAUGCUGAUUACAGCCAGCCCAGCACAAGCGGUUCCUCGUCAGCUCGGGGAUACCAAACGCGAGUCUCCACCUUCACCUCUUCCAUCUCGACAGAGGAGCUGACCCACGACCACACCUCUCUGGACUCAGUGGCCGACAGCGGGCGCGGCAGCUGGACGUCCUGCUCCUCCAACUCCCACGACUCCUUCCAGAGCCUCCCCGCCUCCUCCUGCCGGCCCUGGGACCACGGCAUCCACGGCCACCCGCUUGCUCUUUCCCACUUCAAGCACAUGCAGAUGACCCGGCCCAUAGCGGAGGCCGAGGCUGCCGGGCCCAUGUGGGCGAGCGACGGCGGUGCCAGGCAGCACUCCAGAGACUCGAGUUCAGAUCUGUCCAAUCAGUGCCGGCAGAGCUGGGCGUCGUCCGGCUCGCUCUCGGACACCUACGAGGGGAAUUACGGGACGAUAAAGCGGCGAAACACUUCGGAGCACCCCUCCUCACCAGCCAAAGAGGAAGGAGGGCAAAGCACAGACCCUGCCUACAAAACGGUGACAUCAAGCACAGAGAAGGGCCUGAUAGUGUAUUGUGUCACCUCCCCUGCCAAGGAUGAGCGUUACCGAGCUCCCCCUCCCACCCCUCCAGGCUACCAGGGCCUGGCCCUGGGGGACCUCGGCCUCGCAGACGGAGUAAUAGGUGGGCCAGGAGGGCACGUCCCCAGGCCUCCUCACCUCAAACCUCCGGACUACAGCGUGGCGUUGCAGAGGAGCAAACUCCUGCAGAGCCCCGGAGCUGCCGGCAGUCUGGCUGAGGCACGCAGGCUGGCGAGUAACCUUCACCUCCAACACCAAGACGCACGGACAGCCGGGUCCACGCCGGGCCACUCCAGACCGCCAAGCAUCUGCCACCCGCCACAGGAUCUGGCUGACAGUGAGGAUGAUGAGCAAGUCUCAGCGGUGUAACGGCGUUGUUGUCGUGUCGAUCUGGCUUUGGACUAAGCCAGUCAGCUGGUUGCCGUCAACUGUCAGAGCACAUUGUCCGAGCCCCUCCCAAGGCCCCUUGUGGCAUCACUGCAGACCACUCGUGAACCUGGCCAGUCACUCAGGUGACCCCUGUCCAACUCCCGGGACUCACACAAGCACCUCUUUUUAAACUCGUUUCAGAAAUCAAAAGAAGAAAACAGAGACUUUGGAUACUUUUUAAAAACUCUGUACAAAGCAGAAAGGCGCUGUGAUGGGAUCACGCCGCCGUAGAUAGACUUAAAAAAACCCAACAAAAUAAAAGAAGGAAAGAGCGACAAUAAGGACGCGUCAUGCGAAGAAGUCAGCCUCCUCAGAAACAGACCGUGUACCUCCAUUUUGCGCUUCAAGCUCACUUUUCGUGUUGUUGUUUUUUCUUUAAAUUAAAAUCUUGUACAGUGGUUUAUAUUAAUUUUUUUUGUAAAAGUGUUAAUUUUUCUUCUUUCAGUUGCAUCUCUGAGCUUUUAUGUGAGGAUGGUGAAGACAAAAAGGGAUGGAAAGUAGUCAGCAGCGUCGUGGACAAACAUGAACUCACGGGGGUGUUUUCUUUCUUUUUCUUUUUUUUUUUUUUGUGGUUCUUCUCAUUUUAUUUUGACGUUUGCAAGAUUGUCGUCCGCUCCAAUGGAGAUGAAUGUGAAACAAAGAGACAAGCCCUGGCACUGAUGAUAUUAAUUUACACAGGUGACACCAGAUCCCACGCGAACAAAGCAAAUGCACAAAAAAAACGAAAAAAAUACACAGAACAGUUGCAGUACUUAAACUUCGACUGCAUCGGAGGUCAGAAAAGCCCCUCAGGAGCCCGUUGCCUUUUUCUUUCCCACGCUCCCUCCUUAGGUGGUGACAAAUGAGAAAUCAAACCCGCGGAACAACAGAAGGCACGUCUGUUUAUGUUUAGCGCUUAUUGUAGUUUGCUGAGCUUUACAGGGGGAAAAAAAAGACAAACUGCAGAUCUCAGGCAGUUCCCCGUGGCUCCGUGUUGCGUUCCCCACCGCCAGCCGCUUCUCUUACUGCUUGUUUAGUCUGUCGCGAGGUACUUUAGCGGCAUGCUGCCUCCUGGAUGUUCUAUAAAAACUGUAUCAUAACUUGAUUUUAAUGAGCUGAAGAACAAAUGACUUGCUGCUUACCGUAGAAUAAUAAAAAUGUGUUGUUAUUUAAUUGCAGCAGCUAUAAUAAAAUGAUAAAUUAGCACUGUGUGGCCACACGAUGUGCAUGCAUAUAUACAUAUAUAUAUACACACACACACACACCAAAAUCACGCUGGUGUGCAUAAAGACAGUGUUUACACCAGUGCUUACACAUUUUGUUUACAGUGUUUAUUAGACUAGUUGUCUAUUGAAUUACACGCUGAGUGUUAGUGCAAACACUCCAGGUUCGGCCGACCUUGUAAAUGUGUUAAUAAUGCAGCAGGAAUAUGCAGAUGCAGCAUAAAUUUGGAUUAUGUGCUCACAGUGUACCUCUCAUCUCUUUGUUUUGUUUUUUUGUUUUCUUCCUAUUUAAAAGCGCGAGCGUCACAAACAAGUCGGCGGAUAUUUUAAGGCGUAGCUCGCACCUCCAUUCUGUGUCCAUAGUGUGUUUUGUAGACUAUUUAAAGAGGAUGUGCUUGAAAAUUGUCUAUUUGUAUUGAAAACAAGAAGCAAAUUUGUACAUGCAAACGAAAAAUGUUUUGAUUUUUUUCCAUUUGUACUUUGAUUUUUUUCUUCCGCAGUUCGGCAGGGGUGUAACUGGAAUUAGAUGCUCUUCUCCUUCGGCUGUUUGUCGCGCGCUCUGUGACGCUUCUUUUGUUUUUGCCACACAAAGACUUGAAAUGAUUGAUGCUAAUAUAUAUAUAUA